AUGAUGGCCUCCAUGACUGCUCGUGAAGCGUCGUUGGAAAAUGCAAACUCGAAUCAUGGUACCAUUGGAGUUGAGAUGCUGGGGGAUGAUCCGAAAUCAGGUGCUGUGAUCAGUGAACACAUUGAUCGUUUCUUACCGAUGGAAGUGUCAUCGACUGAAUCGGAGGACGGUGAAGGUGAUUUAUUGGACGACAUUGAAGACGAUGAUGGCGGCGAUCAAGCUAAGGAAGCUCCUUCGGAGAAUGAACCACAAGAGGAACAGGGGGAGGGCUUUGAAGGCACCAAGAAUUUCCGUGGUCGUCCUUCUUCGUGUGUUUUUGUAGCUAGUCUUGCCGCCUCGCUGUCCGAUGACGAACUUUGUCUCUCUGUCACUAACAGUUUUAAACAAUAUGGAGAAUUGGCCAGAGUGAAAGUGUUACGUGACCAUGCUAAUAGACCAUAUGCAUUUGUUCAAUACAAGAAUGAUAAAGAUGCGAAGAGGGCGUUGAAAAUGGCACAAGGUUCUAUUCUGAAUGGUAGAACUUUACGUUGUGAAUCUGCAAGAGUGAACCGUACGCUAUUUAUUACUCAUCAUGAUCAGUUGUCAUUCAAUAGAAUCGCAGAACUCUGUGAGAAAUUUGGUGAAUUGGAACAAUUGGUACCAAAUAAGGAACAUCAUCAGUUUAAAAAAUACAACUAUCCAACUUCUACCGGUAAUUCAUGGUUUGUCCAGUUUGCUUAUAGAGACGAUGCCAUUAGGGCUUUUGCCAACUUAAGGGGUGAACCCGAAUGGGAUGUUGAAUGGGUACAAAAUAUAGAAGUCCCCAAACAUUUCAAUCUACUAUUCAAAAGAAAAUCGAUAGAUGACGUAUACCAUAAAAGUCAGGAUAUCAAUGAUGACGAUAAUGAAGUUGAUGAUGAAGAUGAUGAAGAUUACAAUUUGAAUGAUGAAGAUGGUUUUGUUGAAGAUCAAAGGUCUGAUUCGGAGAUUGAUUCACAAAAUUUUGAAACCAUCGACAAGAAAUCGAUCUUUAUCGGUCAGUUGGAUCCUGCUGUAACAAAAGAAAAACUGAAUGAUAGAUUCUCUAAUCAUGGUGAGAUUGUCGAUAUCAAUCUAAUCAAUAAAUCCACAAACAUUUUUGCCUUUAUACAAUUUGAAACUGAAGAAGCUGCUGCUGCUGCUUUGGAAAGGGAGAAUCAUGCUAUUUUCUUGGGUAAAACGAUGCAUGUUCAAUACAAGAUUAUUGGUGGUCAUCACGGUAAGAGACAUGGCAGAAGAAAUAAUGGUUAUCAUGAUAAACAUGGUACGAAUUUCACCGGUCCUCAAAUCAAUUUGGCUCCUCCACCUAUUAAUAUGUACCGAAGAAGAUCAUAUGAACCUGAACCCAUAUUACCAUUUAUUACCCCAGCGAUGCCAUCUCAUUCCGAUUUCGAAAUUAAUCCAUAUAAUCCAUAUAUGAGGAAUGCGCUUAGACGUACUUCUUUGCCAAAUGGUUGGUCGUCGGCAAGAAGUUAUAGUUUAAAAUCGGAAAGUGAUAAUACCUUUUGCGCUGAUGGUGCUACUGAUGCAACUUCAGAUGUUUCAGCAUCAGCUGGUAAAACAAACUCGGCAACUACUUACAAUAACUCAUCUGCUGGCAGUAUUGGGCAAAGUAAUUUAGGCGAGAAUAAAAAUUAUGCGAACAAGGGUAAGAAGAAAUUUAUGAAACGUGGCGGUUUCAAUGAACCACCAAAACCAUAUUAUUUUCAACCAUACUACUAUCAUCCGAUGCAUUACCCAAUAGGGCCUAUGGGUCCAUCACAUCCCGCACCUGGUCCCGGAGGUAAUCAACCUUAUAUGAUGGUGUACCCAAUGCCACCACCACCAGCUUCUGGCGUAGAUGGCCACAUGAUGGGCCCUGGUAUGCCAAUGUGUCAACCAGAUCCAAGGAUGCACGGAUCUCCAUCCGUAAAUCAGACCCACUUUGGUCAAGUAGAAUCAAAUGAUUUCCCCGCGGCUAAACCAUACAAUUUGGAUUAUUGA